AUGAAGGUGUACGCAGUUUUAUACUUUUUAGUGUUUAUUUGUUAUAUAAAAGCAGAAUAUAUAAAGAAUAAUUUAAAAACAGAAGUAGACAUCGUUAUAGAUGGUCUAAAACAUUUAGACUGGUCUGAACAAGAGAAACCUUGUUUGGAUCAAACACUACAAAUAUUGAAUGGGGUGAAGAAUUACACUGUAUGGGCAGUUUGGAUAUGGAAUUCCAUGCAUCACCCAGUGGGCAGUUUCUAUGGUUCGAAGUACAGUCUGGGAAAUUACGAUCAGUGUCUGAAAGCUCCUUCCAAUUUCGGUCAGCCUAAAAUUGAGACCCAAUACUGUCUCAGUGACGUCAAGGUAACUAAUAAAGACAACAGAGAAUAUGGAAGUGCUAAUGAGCAUGAUAAUACUGAAGAAUUUUUAAGUGUCAAAUCCAAAGAAGGCAGGAAAGCUGACACCUUAUCCUGGGGUGUUUGCCUACCAGCAGUAUGUAGCCAUGGAUCUGUCUCCAAGAUCCUCAAAACUAUAUACUUGGUGAACCCUAUUACUGCUUUAGAACCUCAGAUCUCAGUGGACUAUUGUGAUAAGGCUGGAGAAAGGCCUGUGUAUAGUUUAAAGUUCUAUUUAUUUAUAUUUACAAUAAUCAGCCUAAUCAUCGCUACGAUUGCCUCAUCUUUUUAUCUCGAGUACAACAGCACAGACUCCACACUAAGGAGAGUAGCAUACUCAUUCAGUCUCAAAAGGAAUUGGUCAUCAUUUGUCAAAAUCACCGAUGAUGAGAUCCCAGUACUAAGUUUUACGAAGGCUUUGGCUGUAUCGUUCACAACUUGUGUGCAUGUUUUCGUAUUUAUUGUCGCUGGCUCUAUUAGCAAUGGACAUGAUUAUGAUAAUUUAAUAAGUGUGAAAGACAACACAUUCGGGAAUACCUUCCAGCAUAUAGAUCUACCAGCUGUGGAGAACUUCUUCGUCAUAUCUGGAUUACUUCUUAUGAAAGGUUUAAUGGAGAAGAAACGGAAUCCUAUUAUUACUCUAAUACAACGUUAUGUUAGAUUAAUAGGGUCUUUCUCCGUCCUUAUAUUCUAUACGCUGGCGGUAUCAGAGUAUGUUGGUGAUGGGCCGAUUUGGAAGAGAAUAAUUGGGAGAGAGCAAAAGGCUUGUGCUAAGUCCUGGCUCGUUGGUCUGCUGAUGCUUGGCAACUACGUGGACAGUGAUAAUAUUUGUCAACAAGUAUCCUGGUACAUACCAGCAGAUUAUCACUUGGCAGUCAUGGGCACCGCCCUAUUUUGUCUCUGGCAAUGGAACAGGCGAAUCGGCAAGAUCACCACCAUAAUUACCGUUACUUUGUCCAUGGUUAUCACCGGCAUCACUACUUACACCAAAAGAUUGCCUGGUAUACUAUUGUAUGAUGUUGAAAAACUUAUCCAUGUGAGGGAUAAUGUAGUGUAUACUGAUACAUACAUGAAGAGCCACCAUAGAGCUGGAUCCUACUUCCUUGGCAUGGCUAUGGGGUACAUCAUUACCGUAUACAGACCUACUAAGUAUAGAGGAGUUAUUUCCAAGGAAUGUUCGUACUUAGGUCUCGCGGCAGCUUUUAUGCUGGGUCUGAAAGUACUAUCGGCGGCCCCAGCAUGGUGCCUUGGGGAAUACAACGCUUGGAGCUCGGCAAUCUAUGCGGCACUCAACAGAAACUUAUGGGCUUUGGCAACAUGUGUUUGUAUAGGCAUUACAGAGUACGGAGAUGUUCAAAUGCUUCGAAGGUUCAUGUCUUGGCCUGGCUUCACAAUCUUCAGUCGCCUGGCUUAUGGGGUCUACAUCACUCAUUCACUCAUACUGGAGAGAUUUUUGUUCUCUCAACGCAAUCCCAUGCAUUACGAUAUGUUUAACUUGAUAUUAAACGGAAUAGGUAUUCUCAUAACAUCGGCCGGUCUAGCCGUACUUCUCUGGCUGUUUGUGGAAUCUCCUCUUAGCAACUUGGCUAAUCUUCUUCUAAUCCCUACAAAGAAGACAUUGAAUGGAAUUGAAAAUAAAAGGGAAAUCAACGGGCAGACUAAAAUUACAGACAUCAAAACAAAGGCUUUUUAA